GAUCUCAGUAACUUAGAAUCAAUACUGUCGACUACUGAGACUUCAAUAUUAACAAUAACAGGUACAAUUAAGUUACAUCAUCUCUUCCAAUAUACAAGCCAAAUAAAAUGUUGAUUUUGAUGGAUUCAUCUUUCUCUACUUCAGCGAAUGUCACAACAGAUAUCAACAGUGGUUCUGUGACUACAAUAAGCACCGCUUUGAUUUUGCGGACAACAACAAACUCAAUGCCAAAUAGUAAGUUUAAUGAUAUUAUUCAUAUUUCUAUCGACUCUUUACAGUUGGAUGCGACUAGCUGCGAGGAAGCAUCUACAAUGGAGGAUUCAAACACUAAUGCAUACUAUGUUUUGAUGUGCUAGCUACUAAUCAAUUCAAAACAAAAUUCACUUAAUCAGCUUUUUAAUAAUUUAUGACCAACAGAGAUGGAGUCGUAUAGUUUCCAGAAUUUAGUACUCUCUAGAUCAGAGGUUAGAAACUAAUGAAUAAAACGUGUUAAAGGUACUAUCUGUAUUUGGUGUGUCUUAUCUGUCCAAAUAAGACAAUGUGACCACGAAAAAGCUCUGAUACAAACCUAUACGUCUCUCACGUCAGUUCAUGGUUCAAAGUGCAAUCUAAAUCCAACCUCGGGUCCUCUAUUUUAUGUGGUUUAAGCGUGAUAUCGAAUUACCUGAGAUCGUAUAAGUAUGUCUCAAUUAAUUUGCAAUAAACUUAAAAACGUUUGAAACGUAAUUUAUUGGCCAUUUCACAUUUCUUGUAAAGAAAAGUAUUGAAUAAAUAAGCACAAAAAAGACUAAUACAACAAAUUGUUUUAAACAGAUUUUCCGGAACUCUAGCAAACGAAAACGAAUUUACUUCACUUUUUAGGUACUGCUAUCAUGCUCAUUGAAUAUAACUAAGUUUUCAAACCAUUUGGCUUGAUGUUGAAUGAGUUACAAAGUUUUCAUGCUCGUAUGAAUAUAAUUUGUAUUAAAAGCUACUCAAUAAAAUAACGAAGUACUUUCUUUAUCGAAACGGCUAUGGUAGUGCGAACAGGGCCCAAUUUUAAGCAAAAUCUGCUCUCGGUAUUUUUAAGUUACUUUGAAUCAGAGUUUGUAAAGAAAAUAUUUGUGUACAUUUCUCGGCAUAGCCGAGCUUUAAAAACGCUCUACAAUAUGUGUUAAUGGAAAACGUAACGAAGCCUGGCAGCGUCCUUUGUGAAUUUAAUACUCCAUAUGUUCCAGCUACGGCACUGCGCCUAAAUGGCAUUGGCUUUCCUUGGAACCCCACGAUUCGUACCCGAUGACUUCGAACAGCCUUGAAAUCGAAUGGAACAUAGGUAAUCGACAACGUUGAAUUUUUCAGCAAUGUUUGUUUUUAAAAACAAACCGAGUUUUAUGAAUAGUUAGAGUUUUCAAACUGUUACCACAUAAUACUAAAAAAUUCACUAUUAACUCAAAAAGCGUCAGAACGAGUUAAAACUCCCGGGUAAAAUUACUUAUGUCCACUAAAAGUAACCAUACCAUCCGAAAGUCAGAAAAUUAUCGGGUUAGUUCACAGACUUUCAAGAAAUCCUUUUUACAAAAGACAAAGUUGUAGAUUUUUUCUACGUAUCAUAUACAUUGUCCUAAUACUGUACAUCCGGAACUUUUUGACUCGUUCUGACCCUUUUUGAAUGAAUAGUGAGCGAAUGUUUUAGUAUUUAGGGGGCAGAUUUCGCUUCAAAUUGGCACCGUCAUUUACUUGUUAAAAAUGAAAAUAUUUCUUGUUUUUAGUUAAUUGUUCAACUGGAUAUAUGUAUUCUUCCGUUAAUCGUAGUUGUGUGUCUUUUAUCGAAGCAAUCUAUAAUUCCUUGUUUAUACUCAAUUCAACUAAUGUUGACACAAACGGUUUAGCAGAUGCAUUAGAAGAUUACUAUGAAGCAUUAACGAAUAUCGAUAUCACUGAAAAUUCAUCACUACUAUUAGAUGCUAAUCAAUUAGAUCAUAUUAUCGAUAUGGGAAUCAAUAUAAAUAUAAUGAGAAACACAUCAGAUCUCUUUCUUCUCUCAUCGAAUGAUACGUUAAUUAUCGGCGCUGUAUUGUAUUCAUAUUUAUUUCAUCAAGGCGGUGAUAUUAUAACCAAUUCGAAUGUAAAUAACUUUAGGCCUAACAUAUCAUCUGCAGUAAUUGUAAAUAAUACCGUUCAGUUAAAAAUUCAAUUAUUAAAGUUUUUAUUAAUUAAGAAACCCGAUAAUUAUAAACAAUAUGAUAAAAAUGAUACAAUAUUAAUUUCAUCUGUUAUUAUCGUCAGUAUUAAUUUGAUCAUUGAACAACAGGCUGACAUAAUGCUUUAUUUUUCACCGAUUUAUAACACAAGUGAAAUCACUCCAACAACAUCAUUAUCUUCUCUUCAAUGUUCAUUUUGGGAUGGUAAUGGAUGGAAUCAAACUGGUUGUAAAUUGAUUGGUUAUAACUCAAUUAUGCAUGUAUAUGAAUGUUAUUGUACACAUGCUACCACGUUUGCCUUGUUAUGGUUACCAUUAUCAGAAAUAUGUAUGGGUAAUAUUUAA